AUGCAACAGAUUCGGGACCAGAUUCGCGGUCUCGAAGACCGGAAGAGGGCGCUCCUCGAAGAACAGCGUCAGCUCAUUCUUCAGGGAGCAAGUGGUCACCUGGGAGAAUAG